CAUAGCUUCUGUGCAGUACUGGGACUGAGCCCAGAGCUUUGAGGGCGCUAGGCAAGCAGUCGUCUAUCCACUGAGCUGCAUCCCUGGUCCUGCUGUGGUUUUGUGUGGCGUGGAAUCCAGGUGGAGAUGUGACUCUGAAAUGACACCCUGCCCAAAAGAUCCAUCUCAAAAAGGCUGGAACACUCUCCUUCCUCCCAUAGACCAUCUGCAGUGACACCUAAGGGUUCCUUCUACUCAUUCUGGGUAGUGGGGUGAGACAGUACAACAGCUCUGCAGUGGAUACCCCUUGUCUGCACUGCAAUCCCAGCCUGCCCCAAGUGGAAUAUCACUUGGAUGAAUUAUAGGUUUUCUGAGGAUUUGGGGGGCUUUGGGUUUGUUUGACGUAGUGAUUGCUGCCCCUUGUAGAAGACUCAGAUUUGGUUUCCAGCACCCGCAUUGGGCAGCUCACAACUGCCUGUAACUCCUGCUCCAGAGGAUCCAGCUCCCUCUUCUGGCCUCCAGAGGCACUUAUACUCAUGUGCACACAUACAGACAAGCAAGUACACACAUACAUAUGAUAAAAAUUUUAAAUUAAAAAUGUUGUCUUUGGUUGGUUAUGUGGAUCAGUUGGUGGAAUGCUUACCUAGUGUGCACCAGUCACCAUGUGAAAGCAGGUACACUCGUGCAUGACUGUAAGCUAGCACUCGAGGUAGAGACGGGAAGAUCAGUGGUUGAAGGUUGUCCUCUUGAGGUCAGCCGGGAUACCUAAGACCCUGUCUCAAAAGUAAAUAAUAUAUGAAUAAAAAGGGUCUUUACUGAUGGUAAGGAAAAAUGAGGCAAGAAGCCUCCAGUCCAGAUGAUUGUGCUAAGUAAAUCAGUUGUCUUGGUUGGAAAGUAAGGAGGUAAUCCGGAAGUGUCCUAUAGACAAUGUAGGGCUGCCAGCAGAGAGCCGGCAGCUUGGAGGAUCCAGCACAGCGCUUCCCCAGUGAGCUCCGUCCAGGAAAGAAGACACAUUUUACCUCCUACGUCACUGCCUUCAUUACAUAAAGCCCUCAGACACAGAGGGCAGAAUCUGGGCACAUCUGUUAGCACGUCCUUUACAGCUCUUAGCAGGUGGGGCUAGAAUAAAUGUGCUUUAUGGAAAUAGAAAAACCAGGAAUAGAACAAGCUAUAGAUAAGAAGUGGAGCAGGACAAGUCACAGAUGAGAAAUGGCUUCUGCUCAAUUCCCAUUUCUGGAGCACAGCACAGCCAAGGGCCUUUGAUUGCUGAUCCUCACCUUUAAGGAAAGUUUAAUUAAGAUGCCUCGUCCUGUUUCAGCAAAGGCCAUUAAAUGCUUAGCAUGAUGACUAUGGAGACAGAUGUGGCUAAGAAAACAUAAGACAAGGGCAGCUGUGGAUUGGUAAGCAGCCUGCUAGGACAGAUGCCACAGCAGGCAAAGUGAAGGUUUAGAGUGGGGAGGGCAUGUGGGGAAGAAAGGUGCUGGGUGGGACAGAGGCUGGUAGAGGGCUGCAGUCUGCAGUGACAGGAGAGCUGGGAGCCUCAGGGUUGGAAGGCGGGUGUUGAGAAGUGCUGAGGAAAAAGUAAGCAGCCUGCAUGUUCCACAUAGGAGGCCUUUCCAUAUUCCAGCAUCUUGGGCUGUCGGAAUCUUAGCUGCACACUGCCCUGUUUCUCCAGCUAAUGAGACCAUGCGUGUGUUUCUGUCAUUACUAUAGGUUUGGAUUUGUACAAGAUAAAUAUUCUGCCUCUGCUUUUAACUUCCCUGCUGAGAAUAAGCCUCAGUAUAUCCAUGUUACAGGAACAGUGUUUCUUCAGCUGCCUUACUCCAAGCGCAAGUUUUCCGGGCAGCAGCGCCGGCGACGGAACUCUACGAGCUCCACCAACCAAAACAUGUUCUGCGAGGAGCGGGUUGGCUACAACUGGGCCUAUAACACCAUGCUGACCAAGACAUGGCGCUCUAGUGCCACGGGGGAUGAGAAGUUCGCCGAUCGGCUGCUGAAGGACUUCACAGACUUCUGCAUCAACCGUGACAACCGUCUGGUUAUGUUCUGGACAAACUGCCUGGAGAAGAUGCAUGCCAGUGCUCCAUGAAGCCAAGCUGCUUGACUUAGGAGGUUGUUGGCAUUCUAGGACUGGCCUUCCAGUUAAGCCCUUGGCAUCAGGCUGCUACUGUCAGUGAGUGCAGCCACUGCUGCUUUUUGGCCUUUGCACAAGUGUGAGUGAGGAGAACACCGGAAGCAGCUGCUGCCACUGCCACCACCCAGAUCUCGCCGUCAUGUGCCCAUGGCAGGGGAGGCACAUAUUGUCCGUGGGAGGGAGUCAGUGUCUGGGAAUGGGGUAGGCAGCUUCCAUUAGGGUCCUUUUCCUUUACCAGCAGUGGGAUAUUCAGAACAGAACCUCCCGAUUCCUGCCUGGGAGCGUGCGUGUAUAACAUAAUCUGUGACAUAGUGUACCAUUGGCUCAUACCAGGUGUACAUAUGUGUACAUAGAAGAAGCAAAUAAAGCCGCCUACACAGUG